AUGUCGCCCGCUCGCACGCGCGGAUUUGUACUGGCGGCUUGCGCCUGCGCAGCUCUUUGGAAUGCUCGGGGCUUUGUCGCCCCACCCCGCGCAGCUGCGCAAAGCACUGCCCAGGCCCCUUCAAGACAUGCGAGCCCUGCGAACCCUGCGAGCCCUGCGAGCCCGGGCACGCCGGGGCAGCCAGAGGCCAAGGGACUGGCCGCCGUGGUUGUGGGCAUUUGGGCGGUUGCCGGCCUUUGCGCCGCAAUGCCACGCACGGCCUUGCGAGCACAGGGCAAGGAGCAGGAAUCGCAAGUGGAGGACAAGAAGCCAUUCAACGUUUGGGAGCCGGAUACCUACGGCAACAUUUCCAUGGACGACGUGAAGAAGUAUGGCGCAGCCGGCACCUUGUCCUACGUGAUCACAGAGCUGCUCUUUUGGGCCAUUGCCUUCCCCACAGAGUGCAUCGUCUACCUGAACACGGCAGGCCAUUGGCCAGACUUCAGCAAGCCUGAGGAGAGCGCAGCUGUCUUCGGCCUCGUCUUUGCGGCUUCCAACAUCGCUCGGCUGCUUCUGCCGCUGCGCUUUGGGGCAGCUUUGGCCAUGGCGCCCUGGGUGGAUGAGAACAUCAUGAAGAAGUUCUUCAAAGAGGAGGCCAAGCAGGGCUCGUGA